AUGGCUUUCUUUAAGCAAGUCCGGACUUUAAUGUCCAAGAAUUUCCGGUAUCUACUCUUCCGCCACCUCACAAAGGUCAUCGUCAUGGCCUUCCUCGUGCCAAUCAUCCUGGCAGCCUUCUUCAGCUUUGCAAAGAACCUCUUCGUCCCGCCUGCGGUCUACGGCUUCGGAGAGAUUCACCCCAUCAAGACACUCUCGCAAGCGUUCGACGCUGCCUUCAACAGUGGACGAUACAAAGUCGUGUUAGUCGACAACGGAUUCACAGGGGGGAACAUCGAGAAUGUGCUGGAUCAGCUUCAAACACAGAUAACGGCACAGGGGCCUUGGAUCGACGUCGUAAGGACAAACAGCGAGGAUACACUGGUCACCGAGUGUCGGAGCAGCCUGCGAGGAGUUACCACCUGCUUUGGGGCCGUCGUCAUGCGGUCGUCGCCAAAUGAGGGCCACGGUGGACUAUGGAACUAUACCAUUCGCACGGAUGCCGAAAUGGCAAACAGCCCCGUCAAAAUCAACGUUGACAAGUCUGACAAUCCCGAAGAGGUCUACCUUUUGCCUAUUCAGCGCACCAUAGACGGCAUCAUUGCCGGUUUGAACAAUACCAAGGCGACACAGGCCCUAUCCAACACCCAAGAGAUGCCCUUCACCAACCUGACCCAGAAAGAGAGGCAAAUUAAAGUGAGACAAAUCUUCCACAAGGCUAUUGUGAAUUUCAUGGGAGUUGCCUUCAUUGCCUCUGUGAUUUGGAUUACAUACCACUUGACUGGUCACAUCGCCACCGAGCGUGAGACUGGCAUGUCGCAGCUUCUGGACGCCAUGAUGCCUGUUAGCAAGCCUUGGAUGUCGCUGGCAGCUCGUAUCAUUUCCCAUCAUCUCUCCUUCUCGCUCGUCUAUUUGCCUGCAUGGAUUAUAGGAUCAGCCAUUGUGCGGUAUGGUGUAUUUGCCUACACUAGCCUUGGUAUCGUUCUCCUCUUCCACGUCACCGCAGGUCUUGCACUUGCGUCCAUGUCUAUCUUGUUUGCCUCCUUCUUCAAGAAGGCCCAGCUCAGUGGCAUUACCGCCAUUCUUGUCAUCCUCUUGCUUGCUAUUCUGGCGCAAUCUCUCACCCAGCCCAAAACGGGACCCGUGGUGGUUCUGUCGCUGCUCUUCUCGCCAUGUGCCUAUGUCUACUUCAUCACGCUCAUGUCUCGCUUCGAGAAAGUAAAUAGACCAACUAACCUUGUCGAAACAGCCCCCAACAGUCCUUGGAAACUUCCAGGAAUUGCUCUCUGGGUGUUCCUAAUUGUUCAGAUUUUUGUAUACCCUCUUCUUGCCGCACUGAUCGAACAGCGCCUUUAUGGUACCUCCACAGAAGGCCGCACCAUACUAAAAGCUGGGGAUGGCAGUCUUGGCGAGAUUGCCGUCAAGCUUGACAAAUUCACCAAGAUAUACAAACCUAGCUUCUUUUCGCGUGUGUUUGCAAUGGGCUCCAAACCAUCAGAGCCUGUUGUAGCUGUCAACAAGCUCAGUUUUGACGUCAGAAAGGGUCAGAUUGUCGCCCUUUUGGGUGCCAACGGAAGCGGAAAAAGCACAACCUUGGAUGCCAUUGCAGGGUUGAAUAAACUAACCGACGGAUCGAUUACAAUUGAUGGCCAAGGUGGCCUAGGCAUUGCGCCGCAAAAGAACGUCAUUUGGGACGAUUUAACGGUCGAGGAGCAUCUCAUCAUUUUCGGCAAGCUCAAAUCACCAAAUGCACCAGCCACGAAAGAACAGAUUACGGAAUUGAUCGACUCCAUCGACCUCGCCCAUAAACGAAAGGCUUUGGCCAAAACUUUGUCUGGUGGGCAGAAACGAAAAUUACAACUCGGCAUGAUGUUGGUUGGCGGAAGUGCUGUUUGCUGUGUGGAUGAAGUGAGCAGCGGCAUUGAUCCCCUGUCUCGACGCAAACUCUGGGAUAUUCUACUGGCCGAAAGAGGCAAGAGGACUUUGAUUCUUACUACGCAUUUCCUGGACGAGGCAGACCUUCUUGCUGAUCAUAUUGCCAUUUUAUCCAAAGGAACAUUACGGGCCGAAGGUUCUUCUGUUGAGCUAAAGGAUACUCUUGGAGGCGGCUACAGAGUCAAUGUACACAAAAACCCGGAUAUUAGAGAUACCCCUACUAUCUCCGGUGUGCAAAAGAAGGAUGCCUUUGAUCUGAUUACCUAUGUCGCCCCUACGUCUUCUCUUGCGGCAGAGGUUAUCAGAGCACUUCAGAAGGCGGACAUCACGGACUAUCGCUUUUCUGGCCCGACCAUUGAAGAUGUAUUCUUGCAGGUUGCGGAGGAGAUCAGAGAUGAAGAAGUCUUCCGAGAGACCGAGAUCAUUACUGAGAAAAUGCCCAUCAAGGAUGAUAGCAGCACUUCGCGGGGCUCUAGUCCGCAAAUGGGACAGGGGCUUGGUCUGAAGCUUCUUGAUGGCAAACGAUUGGGCUACUUUGAACAAUCCGUCAUUUUGUUCAAGAAGCGUUGGACAAUACUAAAGAGAAACUGGAUGCUUUAUGCCAUUGCCUUCUUGCUUCCCAUCAUGGCUGCAGGACUGACUUCUCUCUUCGUCAAGGACCAAGAGCCGACAGGUUGCAAGCCCACUGACCAGGCCUCAACCUCUGAUACUGAAGACGCAUUUACUCAAAUAGGUGACGGUGACAGCCUUAUGUUCCUUGCCGGGCCAACUAGCAAGUUUAACCAGACGCUGAUUUCGAGCCUUUUUCGCCCCAUCUUUGGUAUCAACCCCAGUCCCAUUCUCAGCAUCGCCGCGACUUCUCUUAGCAACCUUCACCUUGUCGACACGUUUGAUGACUUUAACCAGUUUGUUCGAGACAACAGCAAGAACCUCACUACAGGUCUGUGGCUCGGCGAUGCUACCACAAACCCCACCGUUGCCUGGGUCGGCAAUGUGUUUGUCACGAGCCCACUUACUGCUCAGCAGUUCCUCAACGUGAUGCUGACCAACACUACGAUUGCCACAACGUGGUCUUCUUUUGACGUUCCUUUCAACUCUAGCAUUGGAAAAGCUCUCAAUCUAGUCAUAUAUAUGGGUCUGGCGCUCGCUUGCUACCCGGCAUUCUUUUCUUUGUAUCCAAGUAACGAGCGCAGGCGAUUUGUGCGCAGCUUGCAGUACUCCAACGGCGUCAGGCCGCUCCCCCUGUGGAUGGCAUAUCUCCUAUUUGACUUUACGAUGGUUCUUGUUAGCUCCGCGAUUGUCACCGCUCUAUGGGCUGGGCUGUCAAACGUUUGGUUCCACAUUGAAUAUGUCUUUGUGGUUCUCUUCUUGUAUGGCCUAACAUCCAUAUUGGUUUCAUAUAUGGUGUCUCUCUUUACCAAGUCGCAGUUGGCCACGUUUGCGUGGGCAGCGGCAGGGCAGGCAGUCUUUUUCCUCGGUUACUUGAUCGCCUAUGUCUGCGUCAUCACAUAUGUUGAAGUCUCCAAGAUUGACAAUACGCUGUUGGUCUGUCAUUUUGUCAUCUCAGCAUUCAUGCCUGUCGGCUCAGUCACUAGAGCACUGUUCCUCGCAACAAACCUCUUCUCUACAGCCUGCGAUGGCAACGAGCUUUCUACAAACCCUCGUGGACUCAAAGAAUACGGAGGCCCCAUACUUUAUCUCAUUAUCCAAUGCAUCAUCCUAUUCGGACUAUUGCUUUGGUUUGACAGCGGGAAUGUAGGAUCUUCUAUAAGAGCUCUGUUCAAUAACCACAAGCAUCCACACAACGUCACCCAGGCAGAUGAGGAAGUAAUGCAAGAGCAGCUUAGAAUUGCAAACCCCGCAGAAGAUGACGGCCUCAAGGUUUUGCAUUUGACAAAAUCAUUCGGCAAGAACCUUGCGGUGGACAACGUGAGCUUCGGCGUCAAGCGUGGUGAAGUUUUCGCCCUCCUUGGUCCCAAUGGAGCAGGCAAAUCUACCACUAUUUCACUCAUUCGGGGUGACUUGAAGCCGAACCUCAACGGCGGCGACAUCUUUAUUGAAGAUGUGUCUGUGACGAAGAAUCUGGCAGGUGCGAGAGCAAACCUUGGUGUCUGUCCUCAAAUCGACGCCUUGGAUCAGAUGACUGUUCGAGAGCAUCUGGAAUUUUAUGCUCAGGUUCGGGGCAUUCCCAAUAUUGAGCAUAAUGUCACCGCAGUCCUACAAGCCGUGGGCCUCAGCUCUUUCUCCACACGCAUGGCAGCAGCCCUUUCAGGCGGCAACAAGCGCAAGCUGAGUCUGGGAAUUGCGCUCAUGGGCAAUCCUGGCGUAGUCUUGCUUGAUGAGCCUUCCUCAGGUUUAGACGCCGCAUCGAAGCGAGUCAUGUGGAAGACACUCCAAGCAACAGUUUCUGGCAGAUCCAUCCUGCUUACAACGCAUAGCAUGGAAGAGGCCGAUGCGUUGGCUGGUCGUGCUGGCAUCUUAGCCGGACGAAUGCUCGCUCUCGGUACGCCUGAUGACUUGCGGCAUCGGUUCGGUGACGCCUUACAUGUGCAUCUUGUGUCGAGCACGGCUCCCAGGACAACAGACGAAGAGAUGGAGGUCAUCACGUCGUGGAUUCUCGAUGUUUUGCCCACAGCCAAACUUGAGUCGAAAAUGUACCACGGGCAGCUACGGUUUUCAGUUCUCGCGAGCCAAGUUCUUGCUUUUACCAAAGAUCCAAGCGCCAAGGAUGUUACGCCCGUUGGACAUGAUAUCAGCCAAGGCGCCAUUGGCCGGCUUGUCGUCCUGUUGGAAGAGAAUAAGGCUCGCUUGGGUGUUGAGCACUACAGCGUCAGCACUACGACCCUUGACCAGGUCUUUUUGGAUAUCGUUGGUCAACAUAACAUCCAAGAGGAGAAUCACGAGGUGAAACCAGGUCUAUUCAAGAGGAUGCUGAAGUUUGGGUCAUCUCGAUGA